AUGGAGGGCGGACCGCAUCCUUCAAACACGCCCUUCCACAACGCCGGCCGCGACCAAGUCAACGCGCCUGGCGGUAUCGCGAACAAGACUGACGGCUCCGGCAACCAUCCUUCCCGGGGCUACGUUCAAUGGGCCUGUAUCCUGAGCGCUCCUGUCGGGAGCCAUUCCUCUGUAACUAAUGAGUCUCAGGAAUUCCCCAUAAGGCCCCCGAGACCGACGAGGGUACUAGGCGUUAUUCGGAAAAAGCAGUUCCACAAGUGGCGCGACCGCGCCGACCUACCAGCCUACAAUGGCGUGCUUUGGAUCAAGGGCAAGCCGGGUGCAGGCAAGUCGACCCUGAUGAAGCAUGCUCUGCUACAUUGCGAGAAGGUCUUCGACGACCAACUGAUCAUUCUCGAGAAGACACCUCUAGGCGUGCUGCGGUCAAUCAUAUACCAGCUGCUCGACAAUGACUACACGUUGUACGAACGAUUCCGCCCUAUCUACAAGAAGCAGAGGAUGCAUGAUAAGGAAGGGGACAUUGAUGCCGUUCAAGCGGGUAUCACCCUAAGGAUCUGCCUGUCGAGCCGCCAUUAUCCCAACGUCAGCAUGAGGAAGACUUUGGAGUUGGCGGUAGAGGGGAGCGAAGAUCAUAGAAGAGACAUUGCUACAUAUAUCACACACAAACUGGAGAGGCACGAUGACAAUAUCAAGGACAAGAUCCGGAAGAAAGCAGGCGGCAUUGCCAUAUACGUCGUCAAUAUAAGUACUUUGGAGGAGGUGCCGGCCGAUCUCGAGGAGGUGUUCAACAGGUUCUUGAGCGAAGACGAUCGGAAUAAGACCGAGACGAUACGCAUGCUCCAGUGGGUACUGCUCAGUCGGCGGCCGCUAAAGCCUGAAGAGCUCUUUUUCGCCGUGCUGACGGGAACGGCUUCGGAGUACACUAGGCCGUGGAACCGAUCGAAGAUCACGGGUCACGGACCGCAUCAUCCAACGGCGCAUUACCGCAUCGUCCAAGGGCCUUAA